GCGCUAGAUAGAUCUCUCUCUCCCUCUCUAACAGUAAAGGUGGAACCUUUUUCGUUGGGUAUCUAUGUGCAAUACUCACAGUUUUUUCUUACCGCCUUGAUUGUUGUCUCGAUUAAGAGCUAUCAAACCAUUGGAAUUGGACAACAUCUUGUUGAAUCAACAGAAUCAAGUUGUUAAAUGUGGGGCCUUGGAGAAUAAUUCAGCUUAAGAUGAUGCUGGCCUCUCCAUGCAACCUCACAAGCAGAGAUGAUGAUUCUAUUAAAAUGGGACAGAAGCACAUUCAUCAGGACCAUUUUAUUGUAUUUAAGCUUAUUGUUAGUUUCGCCUCUUGGUGUGCUCUCCCUUCGCACUCUUCCUUCUGAUCCAUGUAAACCUACAAAUGGGUUAGAUCCAAGAACCCUCCGAGAAGAUCAAAUCACUGUUCUUAUAAACGGUUACUCUGAGUCACGCAUUCCUCUCCUUCAGACAAUUGCUGCCACAUACUCUGCUUCCCCACUAGUGUCCUCUGUGCUUGUCCUCUGGGGAAACCCUUCCACUCCACUGAAAACACUAGUCCAGUUAGCCCAUAAUCUCUCCCUUUCCUCUUUUGGUGCUGCCACCAUCUCCCUUAUCCGCCAACCUUCAAGCAGCCUCAACGACCGCUUCCUCCCUAGAUCAUCCAUUGGGACACAAGCUGUCUUGAUAUGUGAUGAUGAUGUGGAGGUUGAUCCUAAAUCCUUUCAAUUCGCUUUUAGGAUUUGGAGAUUGAAUCCUGACCGUCUAAUUGGAUUCUUUGUUAGAUCACAUGAUCUUGAUUUAUUAGCAAGGAAAUGGAUUUACACAGUGCAUCCAGAUAAGUACUCAAUUGUGCUCACAAAGUUCAUGAUUUUGAAAAGCCAGUACUUGUUCGAGUAUAGUUGCAAGGGUGGGCCGAACAUGGGAGAAAUGAGGAAGAUAGUUGAUAGGAUGCAAAAUUGUGAGGAUAUACUGAUGAAUUUUGUGGUGGCUGACAAGGCCAACAUAGGCCCUAUACUGGUGGGGGCAGAGAAGGUCAGGGAUUGGGGAGAUGCUCGUAAUGAAGACAAUGACGUACAAUUUGGAUUGAAGGACAUGGAGGCGAGUAAGGUGAGGGCAGUGGGAUUGAGCAGCAGAGUUGGGGAGCACAGGAAAAGGAGAGGGGAGUGCAUAAGGGAAUUUCAUAAAUUGUUGGGAAGGAUGCCAUUGAGGUACAGUUAUGGGAAGGUAAUUAAUUCAGUUGGUGAACAAGGAUUGUGCAUGAAAGGAGGCAAGCUGAUCUUUUGCGACCGGCACCAGUGAGAACUUUUUCAAAUUUGUUCAGCAAAUGAGUUCUUUCUUCCAUCGGAAUUAUCUUCUCCUUUUUCUAGUUUCAGGAAUUUUAGUGCUACUGCCUGGAUAAUGUACAGAAACAGCAUACAAUUAGCAGCUAUUAGGAAUUCAAGAAGUCAUAUUCUUACAGCGAGCAAUAAUCAUGAGACUAUGUGAUGAUCUAGUCCUCUGGCGCAGUAAGAGGUUCAAUUUUUAAUACUUAUCUAUGUGCAUAAUUCUUGAAUGGAAUGUAUGAAAACAAGAACUUCAAUUGAUAUAUCUAGCACAGUUUUGAAUCUUUCUUUAUUGACAA